GUUGUCCAUGGCAGUCAGCACUCAGCAUAACCUGAAUUUAACUUAUUACGUUUAAAACAAUAAUAUUACAAGCUGAUAUGCUUCGCGUUUGUUAUAUUUACUAGUAAAUAAGCGAAAGUUGUUAAGUUGAUCGUGUUAUAUUGCUACUAUAAAAAUGACUGUGGACGGCGAAGAAAAUCCUAGGGACCGUGUGUUCAUGGACAUUGCUAUCGGAGGACUCCCAUCGGGUCGUAUUGUGUUCGAGUUGUUCAAUGAUGUGGCACCAAAGACGUGCGAAAAUUUCCGGGCUUUAUGCGCUGGUGACAAAGGAGUUGGAAAAAAUACUGGAAAACCAUUAACAUAUAAGGGCAUGGUAUUUCACCGUGUAGUGAAGGAUUUUAUGAUCCAAGGAGGAGAUUUCAGCAAUGCCAAUGGAACCGGAGGUGAAUCAAUUUAUGGUGGUACAUUUGAAGAUGAAACAUUUGACCUGAAGCAUGAACGGCCUUUCCUACUUUCUAUGGCAAAUCGGGGAAAGGACACAAACGGGUCACAGUUCUUUAUAACAACACAGCCGGCGCCGCAUCUCGACAAUGUGCACGUAGUAUUCGGCCAGGUAGUGAACGGGGCGACGCUGGUGCGGCAGUUGGAAGCGCUUCCCGUGGACCGCAACGCGAGACCCCUUCAGGACAUCACCGUUACUAAUUGUGGACAGCUUGUGAAACUUAAGGCUGGCAAAAAACGUAAACAGGAUAAAGAAAAAGAAAAGGAAAAGGAUGAGAGUGAUGCCGAGUCUGAGAAGUCUCACAAGAAGGACAAGAAAAAGAAGAAAGACAAGAAGAAGAAACGACAUCAAUCUGAGCAGUCUGAAGGUGAACAAACCUCGGAGCCAUCUCAUCCGUUGGUCAGCACCACCAAGAUUGAUCCAAAGGAGAUCCCGGAUGUGCCCACCAAUAGAUUCCUAAUGAGAGCAACAAGGGAUGAGAAGGAAAAAGACACCAGGAGAGAUAGGGAGAGGCCGCGAUACCGAGAGCGCGAACGUCACGCGUACACGCGCAGCGGACGUAUCGUUAAGGGGCGUGGUGUGUUUCGAUACCGCACGCCGUCUCGCUCUCGCUCGCGAUCUCGUUCGGUGACGCCGCCGCAUUGGAGGCAGGCGCAACGGAGGAUCGUCAAACUCGCUGAUUUCGAGCGUAAUGAACAUGAACGGGUUCAGGAGAAUUUGAAGAAGCCGGUAGUCAAGUCGCAGAGGGUAACUAAUACACCGCCCAGACAAGGAGAGAAGGAGGAAGGAGAGUGUGAUACGACGUUGGAGCAAUCUCGGGAUGGAAAAGUUGAUUAUAACGCACUGGAUUUCGAAGAAGAUGUGGACCAGGAAGAGGAAGGCGAAAUCCCAUCUAAACGUAUGGAGCAGAAACGCCUCGCGGAUAACCGGGCCGAUAUACUGGCGAGGGCCCUUGGAGUCAACCCCAAACAUGAUCAGCUCAGGGACAUGAAAGACACACGUGACUUCCGUCGUCGCGAAGGUAUAUCAUCUGCUGUAGUUCAAGCAGCGCCCAAGCUCUCGUCUGCUGUGGCUCCUAUGGGCUCUGAGAGCCAGAAUAAGGGUGAAUACGACCCUUUCACGCUGCUAAGGAGCACGUUUACAAGGAACAAGGAACAAGUGGCAAAAAAAGAGGUAGUGGAAACCCGACGUGAAGUACCUAAAGAUAAAGAGAGAGAGAAAUAUCGCAACGAGAGAAACGAUCAACCUGAUCUUAGAGAAAGUCUAAGAAAGCGUGAGAACCGAGAUGACAGAAAUGAUAAAGAGGAUUUAAGUAAAGAUGAGAGACACAAACGGACCGACAAAUACAAGGUCAACGAAGACAAAAAUGAAAGAUACAGAGCUAUAACUAAAUCACCCGAACUUAGUCCUAGAACUUUGGACCGAUUUGAGAAAAAUAAAAGGGAUGAGAAAUCACACGAUCGAGAACCUAAACGCCAACGCGACAUGGAGAGAAAGUCUCAGGAUAACAAUACACCAGAUAGACCCAAAUCUCGUGAAUCUAAAGAUAGAAAGCGCGAUAAAUCUAAAGACAGAUCUAAAGAGAGACGUGAUAGGUCACGAGAUAAAUAUGAUAGGUCUAAAGAAAGACGGGAUCGCUCUAAAGAUAGACGUGGAUCCAAGGAAAGACGCGACCGGUCAAAAGACAGACGUGAUAGAUCCAAAGAUAGACACGAUAAAUCUAAGGAUAGAUCGAAACGUAAUAGAUCAGAGAGAGAUUCGAAGGACAAAGAGCUGCCGAUUAAUGAGUUUGAUAUUGAGGGAAGAUCUAAAGAGAAAAUUAAGUCUGGGAAAGUCGACCCUGGGUACAGACAACAUCCUGAUACUUUUGACAUAGAGGGGAGAAAAACAAAAUCACCGCAACGCGAGCGCAAGGUUUCUUCAUCUGAUGGAAAGGAGAAAGAUGAGCAAGAGAAGAAAAAGGAAGAAGAAAGAAAUGAAGCUCGGAAAGAAUUGAUGGAGAUUGUUCGUUUGAUCAAGUCUAGACAACGCGAUCGUGAGAAUAAAGCUGCUGAAGCGAAAAAGAAGAAACGUGAUUCCAGUUCAUCGUCGUCUGAAGACGAGCGUUCGAAGCGACGCCGCACUCCAGACCGAGACAGAAGACGGAGUCGCAGUAGGUCUCGCCGCAGCACCUCUCGUUCCCGUCGCCGCUCGCUUUCGCCUCGGCGCAGGCGCAGACGCUCUUCAGACUAAGUAACUAAAUAGCUUAGCAAACCAAUUCCACGAGAAAUAGAGAGAUUUAGUUUUUUUAGAUUUUAGGCUUUAGUUACGACGAAAUUUCCGUUUUUAUAGAAUGGAUACACACGUAUUUCAGAACGUCACAUCUAUUUUCAAGAAGUAUGAAACCAUUUUUAUUUAAAGUUUGACAUUGACAGUCCUCAAGUGGUGAUUUGAGAUUGGUUUAAGGUCGUAGUCUGUUUCUAAAAACAAAGGAAACAAUUUAAUUACACGCAAAUAUCAAUAAACUUCUUAGUAUUGAUUCAAUGAAAUAUUUCUUAAGUAAAUAAGAUUUUGAUUAAUUUUGGCAUGGUUAAUUCCUUAAUCAGGAUUUCUUUAACUUCCAUUAGUGAUACCAGGAAUGAGAUAACUAGAUUGAUCUUGUACGCAAAAACAUCGGAAUCGGUAUCGCUAUCGCUAUUGGAAAUUAAAAAGUACUAUAAAGACAUAUAUUUCAAGAUUAAAGGUUCAAAGACAAUUUUACGAAACCUCCCUUCUGUCAAAUGUCAUUUGACAAAUGGAGGAGUCGAUAUUUUGAUUUCUCUAGUUCUCUAGAAAUUCUGUAGUUUUUUAACAAAUAUUUGAUUUUACUGCUUGAUUUAUUAAAUAUUUGGUCUCCAAUUAAAAGUAUACAAUUAUGUUGAGACAAAUUCUUGAAUAAAUUCUUUGUAUGAA